GGCCGGUGCCGGUAGCCGGACGUACCGGGACUGCGGGGCCCCGCACGAGCGAAGGCCGCAAGCCGCCACCCCUGGCUCGGGACCAGGAAGCGGCGCUGCACGAGGGCCGAAAGCCCGAUUCUCAGCAGCAGGAAGUGCCAGCCGGAGCGCUAACUGCCCGAGAGGCGCGGCGAAGGAGAGCGCCGCCGGUACCCCGCUCCAAAUCGGCUUCCUCCCAGCCGGGGCCGCCUCGCCCCCGGGCCACUUGUCUCCCCAUUCUUCAGGCUCCCCGCACGGCGAAGCGAGUGGGCCGGGGAGCCAGGAGUUCGGGCGGUGGGCUCUUUCUUCACUAGCGGACAGCCGGGCGCCACCGCCGGUUCCCUCAUCUCCACUGAUUAGCCCCCGGAGCCCCCGCGUGAACGUCCCUCUACGCCUCUUCUUUGGGAUCUCCUGUCGCCUCCGAGGCUGGCAGGAUGGUGUCCUGGAUGAUCUGUCGUCUGGUGGUUCUGGUGUUUGGAAUGCUCUAUCCAGCUUAUGCUUCCUACAAGGCUGUGAAGACCAAGAACAUUCGUGAAUAUGUCCGGUGGAUGAUGUACUGGAUUGUCUUUGCGCUCUUCAUGUCAUUGGAGACCUUCACAGACACCUUCGUCUCCUGGUUCCCUUUCUACUAUGAGAUCAAGAUGGCCUUUGUGCUGUGGCUGCUCUCGCCCUAUACCAAGGGAGCCAGCCUGCUUUACCGCAAGUUUGUCCACCCAUCCCUGUCCCGCCAUGAGAAGGAAAUCGAUACAUACAUCGUGCAGGCCAAGGAACGCAGCUACGAGACGAUGCUCAGCUUUGGGAAGCGAGGCCUCAACAUUGCUGCCUCAGCUGCUGUGCAGGCUGCCACCAAGAGUCAGGGUGCACUGGCUGGCAGGCUGCGGAGCUUCUCCAUGCAGGACCUGCGCUCCAUCCCUGACACCCCUGCCCCUACCUACCAAGAUCCCCUCUACAUGGAGGACCAGGUGCCCCACCGGAGGCCACCCAUCGGAUACCGGGCAGGGGGCCUGCAGGACAGUGACACAGAGGAUGAGUGCUGGUCAGAUACUGAGGCCAUCCCCCAGCCACCAGCCCGGCCUCGAGAGAAGCCUCUGAACCGUAGCCAGAGCCUGCGUGUGGUCAAGAGGAAACCAUUGGGAACGUCACGAUCCCUGAAGGUCCGGACAAGAAAAAAGGCCAUGCCUUCUGACAUGGAAAGCUAGAGUCUGAGGAGUCUGGUCCGGUCUUACCUCAUGCCCUGCAGGGGGCUGGAGGCCGUUUUGAGGAGCCCUUUGGCUGCACACCUGGCCUACCUGCAUCAACUGCCUCAGCUUUGCCCCUCCUGGCCUCUGCUGUUGGUUAAGGACCAGGGGUAGAUGCUGCCAGGGGCCACACCCAGGGAUGCAUCCACAGUGUACCAAAGCAGCCUGGUCCAGGGUUAUAUUUAUUGCCUUCCUCAUCCCUCUGCCUUCCUUUGGUAUGGGACCAGAGCUUCCCUUCUCCCCCUGCAGAUGAAACCAAAAGCCCACCCAGCUGUGUUCAUUUGAAUUACUUGAUGGGCCUUUUCUAAGACCCUUGCGUGUGUGUGUCUGGUUGUAUGUUUUGUGUUGGAGGAUGAGGUCAGGCUUAUGAAAGUUUUGAUAAAUAAAGACAUAAAAAUGUU